CUAAAUGUUUUGCAAGCUUCAAUCUGUCUAAUGAAAUGAACUAUUAUUUUUAUUUAAUCAUAGUGCUUCAAGCCUCCAAAUUAUAUGACAUCACCCAAGCUCAAAAACGUGAUGGUCGAGGAAAAGCCAAGUACAAUCGCAAUGCGGCCAGGCAAAAAAUUGUUCGUUGCUGUGGUGCACAGUCGUGCACUCAAUUCAACGCCAUUUAUAAAGCAACGACUUCAAUAAUUAAUGGUUCCGCCGCUUCCGCCUCGUCAGUGACGUUGAGAGUGACAAAUGAUCAAGCUACAGAUGCCAAAACCCUAACUGAUGAAACGCAAUUUUCCCAAAUCAGCGAUGCACCUGUUCAACAAGAGGAAACAACGACAACAAUUAUCAAUGAUUUAAACUCAGCUCCAUCUCCGAGUGAACCAAAUUUACCUGUCGUUCCAGACUCCACUACAGAAACUACUUUACCAACCCAGAACGAAAUUCCUGCCUCGUCCAUGAUUCCAGAUCCGAUAAUUACUAUGCAAGCAGUUGAAACUAGCUCAUCAACAUUUACGCAACUUGAAAGCACUGCAAAUCCUAAUCUGAAUAUUUUGCAACCAAGUAGUUUAGCUCCAGCUACCUCUCAAAAAAAUGUUCCAAUUCCGUCCUCAACGCCAAAUGUACUAACAACAACAGCAAAAAUAGCUGCCCCAACAACUACAACUACCGAGAUGACAACAAUCCUUUUCAUAAAACCAACUACAGCAACGACGAAUGCGCCUGAGGUUUAUCCGAAAUGCCCAACAUUAUGUAAACGUGAUGCAUCACUGUUUGAUCUUGACAAGUCACUAAGAGAUCCAUCUGACCACGGCUUUUUGGAGAACUGCGUGUGGAAGUCUUUUUGUUUUUGGAAAAUCUCUGGCAAAUUGGCAGCAGAACUUUGAUAAAUGCUGCAGUCUA